GCGCUUUUGGGGGAUCCUUUCUUCUUAUCCUUUGGAUGUUUGAUAUCCAGGGGUAUUAUGCAUGUCGAUUGUUGGUCUUCUCAAGUGUUGUUUUCCUUUUGUGUCAAAAGUGGGAAGUCGUAUAGAUGUCCGUCCAAUCUUCUACUAGACAUGCGUUAUCUGAAUUGAAUCUUGACCACCUAGACACUUUCUCCGUAGUCAACGUUCACCUUACAACGCGCACAUUCUACAUUCACUAGUAGAAGUCCUCUCAUAAAUGAUAUUUCUAGACCUGGGUCCCUUGACUUCCAUUCAAUACUAGGAGCAUUUUUUUUGUGGAGUCCGGUUUUUAAGGUACGGUACCAGAUGGAGCAGGCCAGCCUCUGAUUGGUCCGUGCGGGAAAGAAUCUCAGCUUUCCAACUUUUUUUUUUUUUUUCUUUGAUACCGAAAUCCAGCCACCAGCACAACAAGGGCCCUUUAUUAAAAUAUCCUGUAAAUCUGUCGCAGUUUUUCGCACGGGGCAUAUUAGCUCCCGAUCACCACGAUGGAUGCUUUCAGGCUAUUAACCAGGUCAACCAAGUUCAAGACCGGGUCCACGCAUUCGUCUGCGACCAGCCGACUGCCCUCUACGGGCAAGGCAGAAAAUCCGCAACUGUUUCGUAAUGAAAAGCUACUUGAGGAGCAGAAACAUGGGCAAAAGAGGAAACGGGGCGCCGUGGCGGAGGAGUCGGCUAAGUUGGAGUUGAAUUUGGAUUUCUUCUCUUCGAACAUGGGUUCGUCGAAGAAGAUGGUGAAGACGGAAGAGCCUCCGGAGAAGGUGGAAGGGGGAUCUGGCUCCGAAGACGAGGAUCAAAUGGAUGAGGCGCAGCGUCGGACGAUUUUGAAUUCUCACAAGAUCAAAGUGACGGAUAUGCGCGACCUUGAGGAGAUCCAGCCUGUGCAGGCGCAGGACGAAGAGGAACCAAAGAAGAAAAAGAAGAAGAGAAAGCACAAAGAAGAACCGAUUCAGACGCUCAGUAAGAAGGAGCAGAAGAAGGCGCGGAGAUUAUUCCCACGUCCUCUUGUUUCUUUCAAGGAGCUGCGCAAGCUAUAUAAGAUCUCGAGCCGCCUUGCGGAGAAUAUUGCCGAGCAGGGGUUUACUGUGCCUACUGAAGUGCAGCUGGGGACGUUGCCUUUGUUGCUGGGUGAUCGGACGAUUUCUCAGUCGAAGACGGAUGAGGCCGUUGAGCCGGAUCUUUUAGUUGUUGCGCCGACGGGAAGUGGGAAGACGCUUUCGUUUUUGAUUCCGGUUAUUAACAAGAUUGUGCGCCAUCACCAUGAGCAGCAGGAGGAGAAGGGCAUAUAUGGCGUUAUUGUUGCGCCCACUAAAGAGCUAGCGAGUCAGAUUGUUAAUGAGGGGAGAAAGUUGGUGGCAGGCACGGGUGUUAAGAUUACGCUGAUGAAGAAAGGCAUGCGCGUGGUGGAGCGUGAAGAUGAGGAUGAGGAUAUUUUGAACGAGAGCAAUUCCGAAUCUUCCGAGUCGGAGGACGAGAACGCUACCGCGAAGAAGACCAAGAACAAGGCCCCUGUCACCAAGAGCGACAUUCUCGUAACGACACCUCUGCAACUAGUCAAUGCACUCUCUGCGAACAAAACGAAGCCCCUGGCCACUUUGCCUUUGGUGAGGAGUAUUGUUCUAGAUGAGGCAGACGUUCUUUUGGACCCCCUCUUCCGCGAGCAAACCCUUGAUAUCUGGCGUGCUUGCACGCAUCCCGAACUUCGAGCUAGCCUUUGGUCAGCUACGAUGGGCUCAAGCAUUGAAGAUCUCGCCAAGUCGACCAUCAAAGAGCGGAAAGAUGCCUCAAGCCUCACAAAGUCUUACCCAUUAUACCGUCUUGUGGUCGGAUUGAAGGACUCUGCUAUUCCUAACAUCCAACAUAAGCUGGUCUACGCUGCAACGGAACAAGGAAAAUUACUAGGACUGAGACAGCUUCUUCAUCCCGCGGCCGCGGCCGCAUCAGAUGUUCGCCUUCGUCCCCCGUUCCUAAUCUUUACGCAAACUAUCCCUAGAGCUGUGGCACUUCAUGCAGAACUGCGCUACGAUAUUCCGCCCGAGGCUGGUGGAUCGUCGCGUAUCGCGGUUCUCCAUUCCGAUCUAUCUGACGGCCAACGAUCCGAGAUUAUGAAGAAUUUCCGCAAGGGCGAGAUUUGGAUUCUCGUUACAACAGAUCUUUUGGCUCGCGGUAUUGACUUCCGCGGAAUUAACGGUGUUGUCAACUACGAUAUUCCGAACUCGGCAGCCGUCUACGUUCACCGGGUUGGUCGUACGGGUAGAGCUGGCCGUGAAGGCGGUGUUGCGGUGACGUACUAUACAAAGGAAGAUAUCCCGUACGUCAAGAGCAUCGCCAACAUCAUCGACGUUAGCGAGAAGUUACGAGGAACGGAGGGCGAGAAAUCGGUCCAGAAAUGGCUCCUAGACUCCCUGCCCGAUCUCAGCAAGAAGGACAAACAAGAACUGAAGAAACAUGGUGUUAAAGCCCGGCAGUCGAACGUCAAGGGUGUCACCGACGACAAGAAGCGCCGGCAAGCAAAAAUCAGCACGAAGAGCGGCUUUGAGCGGCGCAUGGAGAACAAGAAGAAGGGCGCCAUCGCAGCAAGUCGUAAUCGCAAGCUCCAACCCAAGUCAGACGCGGAAUCUGAUGACGACGACAACAACUAGGGGGCAUUCAAGUCUAAGAUAAAAGCCCAUAAUCUUCUGUACAA